ACCACACCCACCUCUGCCUCACCCUCCAGCGCAUGGGCAAGAAGGACAGCGGCGGCGCCGCAAAGGCGCAGGCCAAGGCGGCCAAGCGCGCCAAGCAGGAGGCAAAGGCCAGCAAGACGGCCGACAAGCUGGCGCAGAAGGCCAAGGCGCGCGCUGCCCCGCCGGCGGCCACGCCCGCCAAGGGCGGCAAGAGCGGCAAGGGCGGCAAGGGCAAGAAGGCGCCCGCGGCCGACGAGGAGGACCUCGACGCGCUGCUCGCCAGCUUCCGCGAGCAGUGGGCCGCCGAGCACGCCGUGCACGAGGAGCGUAUCGGCACGGCGCCCAGCCGCCGCGCCAAUGCCACCCUCACGCCCUGCCCCGGCGGCGACGACCUCUGGCUCUUUGGCGGCGAGUACUUCGACGGCGACCGCGCCACCUUCUUCGCGGAUCUCUUCCGCUACACGCCGGCCUCCUCGUCCGCUGAGCAGGGCGUGUGGCGGUCAUACUCCUCGGCUAACCAGCCGGGCCCGCGGUCGGCCCAUGCCAUUGCGCCGUUCCCGGGCAACGGCGGCCAGCUCUUCCUCUUCGGCGGCGAGUUUGCUAGCCCUAAGAUGAACAGCUUCCACCACUACCGUGAUCUCUGGAUCUUCACAAUCGCAACCAAGUCGUGGGAGCGGAUAGACACCAAGGUGCGGCCGAGCGCUCGCUCGGGGCACCGCAUGGUCUGCUGGAAGCAAUAUAUUGUGCUCUUCGGCGGCUUCCAGGACACCGGACAACGCACCACGUACCUCGGCGACCUGUGGCUCUUCGACACGACCGAGUACAAGUGGCACGAGGUCAAGCAGAACGAGCUGCGCAAGCCUGCGGCGCGGUCCGGCUUCUCGCUACUUCCUAGCGCGGACGGCGUCAUCCUGCACGGCGGCUACUGCAAGCGCUAUGUGAAGGGCCAGCGGACGCAAGGCGUGGCGCUCGAGGACACAUGGAUGCUCACGAUCGACGCCGGCCCGGAUGGCGAGCUCUUCAAGACGGGCAAGAUCGAGUGGCAGCGGCGGCGCAAAAUCGGCUAUGCGCCGGGUCCGCGCAGCGGCUGCACGAUGGCGCUGUGGGGCACCAAGGGCAUGGGUGCGCUCUUUGGCGGCGUGACAGACACCGAGGCCGACGAGGAGAGUAUGGAGAGCAUCUGCCACGCCGACAUGUUCGCCUACCAGCUCGGUGGAAACGGCCGCUGGAUCUCCCUGAAUCUCAAGCGGCCCAAGAAGAAGGGCGGCAGGCGGCGGAAGAAGGUCGUGGCGCAGCCCGAGCAGCGCAAGGGUCCGCAGAGCGACGACGAGGAUGAGGAGGGCAGCGACCGAGAGAGCGGCGACGAAGAUGCAGAUCGAUCACGGCCAGACGCACAGCCUGCUCCGGCUCCGACGCCUGCGCCAGCACCCGAGGAGGACGACGACCCGGAUGACCCGCAGAAGAGCGUGCCGAUCGGGCGCUACAACACCAUGCUGGCCAUUCAGCGCAACAUCCUCUAUCUCUACGGCGGCAUUCACGAGACUGCGGCCCGGGAAUACACGAUGGACGACUUCUACACGCUCGACUUGCUCAAGCUUGAGCGCUUCCACUGCCUCAAGGACUGCCCGACGGACGCGCUGGAGUGGAACGAGUCCGACGAGUCCGACGACGACUCGGACGACGACGAUUCUGACGGGUCGAGCUCGGAGGACGACGAGCCGGCCGAGCAGGAGGGCGAGGAGAUGCGCGAGGCCGACCUGCUCGAGGAGCUCGAGUGGCUGGGCGACGAGGGCAUGAGCGACGAGGCCAUCGCGGCCGCCAAGCAGGCGCUGCUGGAGAAGGAGGAGCUGCGCAAGAAAGCAAAGGUGUUCAUGGGCGUGGCGCUUGACUCGACGCGCUCCGAGGCCGACAUGCUCUCGACGCCGCUGCCAGGCGAGACGCUGCGUGUCUUCUACGAGCGCUCCAAGGCCUACUGGGUCGGCGCGGCGCACGAGCAGGGCGACCAGUCGAACCGCGGCAAGGAGCUGCGCCGCGACGGCUUCGCUAUGGCGGAGAAGCGGUACGACGAGUACAAGCCGAUGCUGCAGGAGAUCGAGCGCAUCCAGGCGGAGGCCGGCCUCGACGCCGAGGACAUGCGAGCGGCCGCUGGCAAGACAGGCGGCAUCGCGGGCGGCGGCGCAGGUGCAGACAGCCGCAACCGACGCUAGCUGUCGUGCCUCUCUCAAUCGCAUCGCAUGCUCGCGCGAGAAGUUAUGUCAAUG